ACAUGGCAGCGGCGGCCGGCGGCGCUCCGAGAGCGGGGCAGGGCCGCGGCGGUCCCUGCGUCUGUUCGCCCCCGCUGGCUGCGGUGGAGGCCGUGGCCGCGGACUGGAUGCUAGAGUUCGCCUGCUCCUGCCUGUGCCGGCACUUCGGGGAUAGGAGCGGGGCGGAGUUCCGGCGCUGGAGCGACGUGUCGCAGGCUCUUAUCAAUGGCUUUUUCAAAAUACCUACACAUCAGAAAAAAACAGUUUAUCUCUGUCAGCUUUUGAUAAGAAUUGCAAAAGGAAAAAACCUCGAAUUACAGUUUGAAAAUGGUCAAACAAUUUCACCUUUGGAAUCUGCUCUGGCUUUCUGGACUUUACUUGAAAAGGAAGAAAUUAAACUGGAAAAGCUUCAUGAAGAUAUUCGUCGCUUAAUUCAAAUUCAGAUUGUAGCAGUUCAUAUGGAAAAUGGAUAUUUUAAGGAGGCUACCGAACUUCUUGAAAGGCUGUUUACAGACUCUGAAUCAGAUAAGCCUUUAAGGAUGAAGCUGGCAACCAUAAUUAAAAACAAGGAUCCAUAUGUUCCUCUUCUCCAAAGCUUCAGUUACAGUCUUUUAAUAAGUAAAAUCAAGUUCUACAUUGAACUUUUCAUGAAAGAAAAGGAAACCGACUUCUUAAUACAGGAAGCCACAAAAUAUGCAGAGUCUAAAGGAUUGGAAGCAAUACCAUUGCAAAACAAAUCUAUGAGUGUCAGUGAAAAUGAUGAAAGUAAUUUGGUCACAAAACAAAGAUUGGUGACAGAGCAACAGUAUAUCACAAAUCAGUCUCCUGGAGACAUAAAAAAAUCCACAGAAAGGCCUUAUUCAGGGCAGAAACACACAGGGAGCAGAGUUCUUCAGAGUCUGAACAACGUACAGAAUGUGGAAAACCAUGAAGUUUCAGCUUGUGGCCGAAGAAGACAGCGAUGGACUUACAAAGAAGACUUGGAACUGAAAUCAGGAGUAAAGAUGUUCGGAGUGGGUAACUGGGCUAAAAUUUUGGCCCAUGGUAACUUCGACAACCGAACAAGUGUCAUGUUAAAAGACCGAUGGAGAACAUUGUGCAGGAUUGACCUAGCCUAGCUUUCCAGAAUAACAACUUAUUUUAGUCUCAAAGUGUCCAGCAGUGUUGUUGUCCUAAAACGUGAAACAGAAUAGUAAUAGGUAUAAAACAUUUAUGUAAGCAAAGUUGUUCAGGUGAUGACUUUAAUGUGAAGCCUAAUACAUAGUGUGAACUUUAUGGCAGAUGAACCUUGGCUAAUAUUAAAAAAGUUCCUUAUUACUAGUUAAAAAUGCUCAUGUGUAAUAGUGACAUGAAGUUCUGGGAAGUCUACUUCCUUAACACUGACUGUGGAGUCACCUAUGAAGGUGGGUGAACAUGAGAACUGAAAUGUAGAGGAAGAAUACUUACGCACUUGUAGUAUAAACAACUGUCUAGAUGAUGCUGGGAAGGAAUCAAGGAUCUAAACUGAAAUCUGGUUUUAACACUCAAACUUUCAUUUUUAUUUACUCUUGCUAUUCAGUGAUGACAGUAACUAUCAUCAGACUUGAGAAUGUUUGGCUGGCUUGCUACUGAGUAGGAGCAGUGCCUGUAGACAGGGCUGUGGCCAGUAGAGAAUGCGAACUUCAGGAAAAGCAACCACUAUGAUUAGAAAUAUUAGCUCUUAAUUACCAAAGAGAAACAUGGAAACAUGCUUCUAGUGUUCUAAUAGAAAAUCAGUCUUAGCAUUUUGUAUUAAGGCAGAGAGAGUUUCCCAAAAUGCUUCUUCUAAAGUUCUGACUCCUUUAAAAUUUGUUUAGGCUCCAGAAAAUGCAGCAUAAAGAUGUAGAUUUCUUGGCAUUGAUGUUAAUAUUCUCAAUCUUUUUGUUGUUGCUGUUUUAAAGGUCUUUUAAACUUUUAUGUAAAAAUAAAGCUAUGCACCAGGGGACAUGAACAGUGUUCCAGUUGCCGAAUCUUCUUCCAGGUUCCUUGGCACUGAGAGUUGCCAACUGCUUCCCAGUGUAAGAUUUUACCUCUGAAAUGUGACAAUAAAUGAGGAAUUAGAAGACUGAAAAUUGUGUAUUUCAUGUUAAUGGGUUAUGUAGUAUAACAUGUCAGAAGAUUUUAUUUGCUUAAUCAUGUAGGACUCAUCUAGCUCUUGAAAUGGUUUAUGGAGCAGGCACUAUAUUCUGAAGUAUAUAUAUACAGGAUGGUGGAUUGAGUAUCUGGUUGUACAAGUAUCAAGUUGUAUGCAUAUUAAUGAAAGUAUGGAUCAAGUAAAAAUCUGUUAUGAAUAAUAAAUGUCUACUUUCACAUUUAGUUUUCUAUAAACCAGGUAUAUAGGUUUGAGGGGCGUACUGAUGCACUGCUAUUAAACCUGCAAUCAGAUUUGGAUUAUGACAGGAAAUACCAUUUUUAUGUAAAAGUGCCUGUAACUGUAAAAAGUCCUCUUGCACUACAGAAGUUGCAUUAUUCCUUCACAAUUGUAAAUAAAGCUUGCAAAGCAUUGAACUCUUAUAUUGAAAUGACUUCCCAAUUCU